UUGCAUAUUAUCUCAAAUACACUUUUAGUCGCCACACUGCUCCAGUCUGACCACCAUUUUCUCAUCAAAUUCAGGUUGAUAUCUUCUAUUUAUCUAUAUAAUAAGAUCGGUAUAAGCGAUGGCGAGUUCGAUAGAUGCUGCCGGAGAACCGAUUCCGACAUCGGCGGUGCUGAUGUCAGCUUCGAAACACAUAGCUACUAGAUGCAGAAAUGAUAAUGUUGCAUUUCUUAUGUGUAAGAAGGAGGAUCCUAAUCCCGAGAAAUGCCUUGAGAAAGGCCGACAAGUUACUCGUUGCGUUUUGUCUUUGUUGAAAGAUCUCCACCAGAAGUGCACAAAAGAGAUGGAUGCUUAUGCUGGCUGCAUGUAUUACAAUACUGACGAAUUUGAAUUAUGCCGCAAAGAGCAGAAGGCGUUCGAGAACGCAUGCCCGUUAAAUUGACGGGAAGGUUUUUAUAAUUCACAUCGCUCAUAAUAAUUCUGGCUGGUUUACUGAGCAUGACUUUACCCGGGUCUGUGUGUUUUUUGCAAACUUAUGAGAUGCUAUUUGCAAGCAAUGCCUGUCAUAUUAGAUCUGCAGUUUGACAAGUUAUCAAUCUGAGUUAAAUGUUAUUCUGAUUAUAAGAUCAAUAUGAAUAUGUUGUAAUUGUUGUACUUGAAUUUCGCUCUAAAACAACCUACUAGAAUAAACAUGUUCCAAGUUUUUCAAGUA